UAAAAACGACCCCAUUAUUUACACGAAAACUGAUUUAUUCCUUUGUAUACUUUAAAUUGUUUACUAAACCUUCACACCUCAACUUUACAUUAAUUCAUAAUUAAUAACGUUAUUUUUAACAACAACAACAAAGAUAGUACACAUAGGUUGGCAAUAUCUCGAGACGAGAAGCGAUAGAAAUUUUUAAGUAGAGAGAAUUAUGCUACCGAGUGUUUACGAUUUUGUUGCGGCUCAUUUUAAACUAGAUUUAAACGUUUCGUCUUAAUUAUUAAAAAAAGUUAAUUAUGGCUAAUAAUGAAUUGCCAGUAAGCUGUAAGUUUAUCCUUGAUCAACAAAUUCCGAUAGAUGAGUUAUUAGGCUCUGUAACCACCUAUAAUAACGUAGAAGGAUCUGAAGCCAAAAACAUGCAAAUAAGAGCAAGUGCCAGGGUUUUUAAAAAAAUGAAAUUGGAUUCAACUCCGACUCAAACACUUCCAUCACCCAUAAUCGAGAAAAAAGAGCCAAUUAAAGAGGAAUCCAAACCGGAGGGUCGAAGGCCUUUAAGAUUAUGGGAUUUAGAAGAUAAAAAACUUUUUUUUGAAGCUCUAAACGAGUAUGGUAAAGAUUUCGAAGCGAUCCAUGCUUACAUCACAACUAAAUUAAAGAAAAAAGGAGUUCCCGAGUAUCAAUAUAAAACCAGAGAACAAAUUAGGCACUUAUAUUACAGAACUUGGCACAAAAUUUCAAAACAUUUAAUAUUUUCAGAGGAGGUUAAAAAGGUCGCUCAAGAACUAUAUGGCUUAAUUAAUUAUGGAGAAUUAAGAAAAAAAUUGUUAUUUGUCAGCGAAAAAGCUUGUAUGAAACUUAACGAACUCAUAUAUAGGGGCUCCGUUGCGAUUAGAACCCGAGGAAAAACGAUUAGGGUGAGGACUCCGAUUUGUAGAGCUUUGAGGAUUUUGAAUCAAUUGGAUGAUGGGCACAAUGACCUCAAGUUACCAUUAAAAAUCAACGUCGAACUUAAACCGAAAGAUAUGGAUACGUGGAUGGUCGUUCAAAAACUUUCGCAAAAUCCUCGAAUAAAAACAACCGUUCCUUUACAGAGGAGAGUAAGCGCUUUAUUGCUUUAUUUGAAUGAUAAAUGGAAAACUUAUGAAACAACCCAGUACGAAACAGCAUUAAAACAAACCGAACAAGUAAACGAAUCCCAAAUAGAAGAUUUUAAACCCCCAAUAAACCUUUUAAGAUUCUCCCCACCACCAAAUUGCAAAUUAGAUGUCCCCACUUUAAACGUAACCGAGUACUUAACGAGUCAAAAUGUGUGUUUGAAUUCGUACGAAGAACGUUUCGGCGUCGAAACUAAAGGCGAAGAUUUAUGGUUAACAUCGCUAUCGAGUAGCAGCAAAGCUAAUUUGAAAAAGAUUUAUACAAAACGGGCUCGCCAUGAAAGUAAUAGCAGCACAAACGAGAAAUUAUCCCCUUUAACAUCAACGAUAAACACAGUAAUUAAUCAAAAUAAUUGUGCUAAAUGUGAAGGUGAAUCUGUUAGUCAACAAAAAGAAUUGGUUGUUACUGAUGUUGUUGAUCAAGCCGUUAAUACGAUAUUAUCGCUUCAAGUUAAUUUAUUGAAAGAUGAUAAACAGAAUGAGGCGAAUAAUUCGAUGGAGAUUAAAAUUGAAAGUGACGAGAUUAAUGGGAGCAUCGCGUUUAAUGAGAAGAAGGAGGUUGAAGUUACUGAAUUGAUGAAAGGGUGGACGGUUAAUAAUUGUGGUACUUUAUGUGUUGGGGAUUUAUAUUUAAUGUAUGGGUCGGAUUCUAAGUUAACAUUGGAAUAUAGUUGGGAUCAAAUCGAAAAUAAAGAAGUAAUUGAGCAUGAUAUAACUAAUCAAGACGUUGUUGAAGAGUACUCAAGUCAAUCAAAUAAAAUUUCGAACAUCUUAAAGCGCCUUUUAUCAAUGGCGAAAUUACAUUAUCGCAAAAAUCGCAUUCAAUGUCCUUGUGGUCAUAUUUGUGGGGGGGUUUCGAAAAAUAAAAAUCGAACCACCACCAAAGUCAUCACUGGCAGAGAAAAAUUUUAUAACAACGCCGAUAAACCAACAUCGAUUGACCCCCAACUUAACAACACAACCUUAAAUAAUGAACCAGCUUUAAGACGAGUUUCACCUUCAGUAUUAUUCAGGAGACCAGGUUCCCCCAACGAUUUAUUAAUGGCACAAUUAGAUUCAAUACAAAAAUUACGCCCUCGAUACUGUAACCGUAAAGGUCGUCGCCCAAGAACUAAACCAGUCGUUGUAGAGAGAAAACUUCCAAUUUUAGCAAAUCGCCUCGAAGACGGGCGACAAAUCGUUCAAAUGAGCAUAAUAUCACAAGAAAACGUCGCUGGCUCCACUCAAAACACAAAUCCUCGCCCAAUCGCGCCUAAAACCACCCAAGAAAACGAAACGCAACUCAAUAACUCCGAAAAAUCCGUUUCAACAUACAGUUUAGUUUCGAUUUUAACCCCUCAUCAAACCGUUUCAGAAACUGUAAAUGUUAUUAAUGAUAAUGCGAUAACUCCAAGCCGAGCCGGUUCUCCCAGUGAUAUUUCAAAUUUGAUUCAAUUGGCGCUUAAUUCGAAUAAUGGGGAGGAAAAUGAUGAGGUGGCGGGUGAAGAACCAACGAGUUUUGUGGGGCUUUUACCUACAACGACAAUUGUAACAUCGGCGACACCACCAACGAGUCCUUCGAGAGUUUUAAAAGAAAACGAAGAUCAAUGGUUAAAUGCGGAAGUUGCCGAUUUUUCGUUCAGCAGUUUUUUAGGGCAUUUAGAGUCGCCGAUUAAAGCCGCACAAUCUAAUGCGAGUUGCGCCAGUGAAGACUCUAGGUUGUGUUUAACUCAAGCGGUACAAUCACUUUUAACUGAAAGUAGUUUGGAUUAUACUGCUAAAUUUGCAGAUUUGGCAGCUAAAGUAACUGAUAUUCAAAAAUAAUGCCAAUCAAUUCGAUGUUGAUUAAUUUAUAAUUAAAAAUU